CCUCCCCGGGCCCGCUGCAGCGGAGCCGGAGCCGGAGCCGCGGCCGCCCCGCAGUGAGCGCUGUGCAGGGCCUGUCCAUGGACGCCAGCAAGAAGGUGGAUCUGAAGAUCAUCAUCAUCGGAGCGCUGGGCGUGGGCAAGACCUCUCUGCUGCACCAGUACGUGCACAAGACGUUCUACGAGGAUUACCGCACCACGCUGGGCGCCAGCAUCCUCACCAAGGUCCUGCCCGUGGACAGCACCCCCCUGAAGCUGCAGAUCUGGGACACGGGGGGACAGGAGCGAUUCCGCUCCAUGGUGUCGACGUUCUACAAAGGCUCGGACGGCUGCAUGCUGGCCUUCGACGUGACAGACAGGGAGUCCUUUGAGGCCCUGGACAACUGGAGAGAUGAUUUCCUGGAGAAGGUCAUUCCCAGGGAGCAGGAUUUCCCCAUGGUGGUGCUGGGGAACAAGAUAGACCUCAGUGACCGGCAGGUGCCCAAGGAAACGGCCUCAGCCUGGUGCAAGGAGAAGGACAUCCCGUAUUUCGAGGUCAGCGCCAAGAACAACAUCAACGUGGCCGAGGCUUUCGAGACCCUGGCGAAGCAGGCGCUGAGCACGUAUAAAGGGAUUUUUGAGAGUUAUUUAACCGACUCCAUCAAGCUCACUCCCAACGACAAGCCCAAGCAGAGGUGCUGCUGACCCCGGGGCUGCUGGGUGGCCACACUGGAGCCCUGCCCGGGGUCCCACUGCCCACCCCAUGGACACAGGGACUGGCCAUGCCAGGGCACAGGAUGGCAUCACCGGGAUGUGCUGCUUGCCACGGCUCUGGAGCUGCUCUCCAAUCACUCAGUGUCACGGUGGCCCUGUCCCCGCUCCAUCCUGGCACCGAGUGGGCGAUGUCCCUGCGGUGACAGUGCCAGGCAGCGCUCCCAGUGUCACCUCCCUCCCUCCCCAGGGCACAGCCCCGCGCCUCUCAGAGUGUGGACUGGCCUGAGGGGACAAUUGGGGUUGGUGGCCUUGGCACAGGGCUCUCCUGGCCACUCUGGAGGUGACUAUUCCGUGCCUCAGUUUCCCCUCCUCUCACACAUCCCCCAUCAAACACUUUCCCCCUCCCGCCUCGCUAUGGAGGAUUCUCAAAAAAGCACUU